GUACCACACACACAUACGUCAUCGGAAGAGUUUGACAUUUCCGUAACGAACGUGAAAAUGCUCUGUCACUGCGUAAAAUAUGUUUCGUUUGCCUUUAAAUUUCCCAAAAUGUCGUCCAAAAUGCCAACCGACGAUAACCAGAAUUUAAUCCCCAAGUCAUCGGUUGUAUUCUGUCUAAUCGGCGGGGUCUUUGUCGCCUGCCUUUUCUCAGUAAUGUCCAGAUUUGUGAUCGUUUUGGAGGGCGGUACUCGCCAAGUUGCUACGGAAGCUUCACCGCCUGCCAGCGCGUCGAAAGCAGUGGGCGUGAUGGGGGAUUUGGAGCAGUGGCCCGGCAUGGACUACCACGGCAUGAGGGACUGGCCGAUCACUGUCAGGGACAAGCCCAUUAUAAGACCGGACAUAAAAGGCGAGGUGCUUGCUGCUCUUCAUCAGGCCAUGAUCGCCAAAGUCCAAGGGAAAAACGAGAAAGCGCACAAACUGUUCUUGCAUGCACUGGCUCUUGAUCCUAACCACGCAGAUGCCUUAAACGAGUACGGCGAAUUUCUGGAGGAGGAGGAUAUCUUACGUGCGGAUCAUCUGUACACCUGCGCGCUCUUGAACAACGCAUCUCACAUGAGGGCGCUCAUCAAUUUGAAAAGGACAUCAGUGAUUGUGGAGGAAAUUGAUCAGGGGAUACUGACGCGGAUUGAUAACAAGAGGAACGAUUUUCUGCAAGUGCCUGCGAACAGUCGCGCGUUGCAGCGCGCGCAGCAGGAGAUGUACUACCAGCAUAUUUACCACACGACAGCGAUUGAAGGAAACACGCUCUCGCUGGAGCAGAUGAGGAGCAUCAUGGAGACAGGAAUGGCCGUAACGGGGAAAAGCAUCUUAGAGCACAACGAGAUCAUAGGGAUGAGCUCCGCACUGCAGUACAUCAACAACACCCUGAUGGGUAAAUUCGGGGACAUCUCGGUCCGGGACAUUCUGGAAAUCCAUCGGCGGGUCCUCGGCCACGUGGAUCCGCUCGAAGCCGGCCAGAUCCGGACGACCCAAGUUUUUGUCGGCUCGCACGUCCCGCCCGCACCAUCGGACGUGGAAAUCCUUCUUGAGGAUUUUGUGGACUGGCUGAAAUCUGAGGAGGCCAACUCAAUGCAUCCGGUUGAAUUCGCAGCUCUAGCCCAUUACAAGUUGGUUUACAUCCAUCCGUUUUUGGACGGUAACGGCAGGACGUCCCGAUUGCUAAUGAACCUGAUUCUGAUGCGGGCCGGGUACCCGCCAAUCAUCGUCAAAGUCACUCAGCGGCACGAAUACUACGAAGCCAUCAAAAAGGGCAACGUUGGAGAUAUACGGCCCUUCAUCAGGUUUAUUGCUCAGUGUACAGAGGACAUGUUGGAUGCCUUGCUGUGGUUGACAACGGAAUCAUCCUCGCUUGCGCUGCCAGAACUUAUAGGGAACAAAAAUGAAAGAAUUGUUGAAAAUAUACCUGUUUAUUGAAAAUAUAUCCCUGUUUAUUGAUUUUUACUACCAAAUUCUUCCAUAGAUUAUGUCCGUGAUCAUGUGAUGGGUAAACACAGUACUGAAAUUUACAUCUUCCUGGGCUAAUUCCCAUUUGAUUGCUCUUGUCGAUUCAAACUUGUAGUGGGAGA